AUGAUCCUGAAACAGGCCAUACUCAUCACAAGAAGCCAUUACACCACCACUGAAUGUAGUAAAGGAACACCCACCCUCCCACUGACACCACCACUGAAUGUAGCAAAGGAACACCCACCCCCUCCUAUCGUCACCACCACUGAAUGUAGCAAAGGAACACCCACCCCUCCUACUGACACCACCACUGAAUGUAGCAAAGGAACACCCACUCCUCCCCUCCUGCUGCUGGCCACCAUCACUGAAUGUAGCAAAGGAACACCCGCCCCUCCUAUCGACACCGCCAUUGAAUGUAGCACAGGAACACCCACCCCUCCUACUGACACCACCACUGAAUGUACUAAAGGAACACCCAACCCACCCACUGACACCACUGAAUGUGGCAAAGGAACACCCGCCCCACCCACUGACAUCACCACUGAAUGUAGCAAAGGAACACCCACCCCUCCUGCUGACACCACCAUUGAAUGUAGCAAAGGAACACCCACCCCCACUCCACCCGACAUCACUGAAUGUAGAAAAGGAACACCCACCCCUCCCACCGACACCACCACUGAAUGUAGUAAAGGAACACCCACCCCUCCCACCGACACCACCACUGAAUGUAGAAAAGGAACACCCACCCCUCCCACCGACACCACCACUGAAUGUAGUAAAGGAACACCCACCCAUUCUACUGACACCACCACUGAAUGUAGCAAAGGAACACCCACCCCUCCUGCUGACACCACCAUUGAAUGUGGCAAAGGAACACCCACCCCUCCCACCGACAUCACUGAAUGUAGAAAAGGAACAUCCACCCACCCUCCCACCGACACCACCACUGAAUGUAGAAAAGGAACACCCAUCCCUCCCACCGACACCACCACUGAAUGUAGUAAAGGAACACCCACCCAUCUACUGACACCACCACUGAAUGUAGCAAAGGAACACCCACCCCCAUCUACUGACACCACCACUGAAUGUAGCAAAGGAACACCCACCCCCAUCUACUGA